UGGGACGCCGCCUCCAGGGAUUAAAGCGAGAGCCAGGGAAGGUCGGGGACUCACGCAGGAGGCGGCCAGGGCUGGGGCGCGGCAGGUCAUCGGGAAGUAGCCAAAUACCCACCCUGUCCUAAUGCUGCUGACACGGUCAGGAUGGCUUUGAACUCAGGGUCAUCACCAGGUAUUGGACCUUACUAUGAAAACCACGGGUACCAACCUGAGCACGCCUACCCCCAAAGGCCACCUGUGGCUCCUAAUGUCUACCAAGUGUAUCCGGCUCAGGACUACCCAUCUUCAGUGCCCCAGUACGCCCCAAGGGUUACAACGCACACCUCGACAACAUCUGUCAUCCACAGACAGCCCAAGUCAGGAGAACAGUGCACCUCAAAGACCAAGAAAGCACUAUGUGUCACCCUCACACUGGGCCUUGUCCUCGCGGGUGCCGCUGUGGCCGCCGGCUUGCUUUGGAAGUUCUUGGAAGAUAAAUGCUCUGAGUCCGAGAUGGAGUGCAGCUCUUCGGGCAAGUGCAUCAGUUCCUCUCUCUGGUGUGAUGGGAUAUCGCAGUGCCCCAAUGGGGAGGACGAGAACCGGUGUGUUCGCCUCUACGGACCCAGCUUCAUCCUCCAGGUUUUCUCAUCACAGAGGAAGUCCUGGCACCCUGUGUGCCAGGAUGACUGGAAUGAGAACUACGGGAGGGCGGCGUGCAAGGACAUGGGCUACAAGGACAGUUUUUACUUUAGUCAAGGGAUCCCGGACAACAGCGGGGCCACGAGCUUCAUGAAACUGAACCUCAGUGCAGCCAACAUUGACCUCUACAAGAAACUCUACCACAGCGACACCUGUUCUUCACGCAUGGUGGUUUCUUUGCGCUGCAUAGAGUGUGGGGUCCGCUCGGUGACCCGCCAGAGCAGGAUUGUUGGUGGAUCAAGUGCCUCCCUAACGGAAUGGCCCUGGCAGGUCAGCCUGCAUGUGCAAGGUGUCCAUGUCUGCGGAGGGUCCAUCAUCACCCCUGAGUGGAUCGUGACAGCUGCCCACUGCGUGGAAGAGCCCCUCAACAGCCCAAGGUACUGGACAGCAUUCGCAGGGAUCUCCAGACAGUCCCUCAUGUUCUAUGGAAAGAGGCACCAGGUGGAAAAGGUGAUUUCCCACCCGAAUUAUGACUCGAAGACAAAGAACAACGACAUCGCACUCAUGAAGCUGCAGACGCCUCUGUCUUUUAAUGACGUGGUGAAGCCGGUGUGUCUGCCCAAUCCGGGCAUGAUGCUGGACCCAGACCAGGAGUGCUGGAUUUCAGGGUGGGGGGCCACCUAUGAGAAAGGGUCAACCUCGGAUGUGUUGAAUGCUGCCAUGGUGCCCUUGAUUGAGCUCUCAAAAUGUAACAAUAAAUAUGUGUAUAACAACCUCAUCACACCAGCCAUGAUUUGUGCAGGUUACAUUCAGGGCACCAUCGACUCCUGUCAGGGAGACAGCGGAGGGCCACUCGUCACUUGGAAAAACAGCAUCUGGUGGCUGAUCGGGGACACGAGCUGGGGCUCGGGCUGUGCCAAGGCAUACAGACCAGGAGUGUACGGGAACGUGACAGUGUUUACAGACUGGAUCUACGGGCAAAUGAGGGCGAACAGCUAAUCCACGUGGCCUUUGUCCUCGACGUCCUUCCGCAAGAAAAACGAAGGGACCGACUUUUAAUUCCCUCUGCACAAUGUACCUUUGGAGAUGAUUCAAAGGCCCUUUCCCUUUUAUUAAACAGUGACUUGUCUGACUGUGCCGUCCGUGAUCCUGUGCGGGCUGCAGCGCCCCACCCCCAGGUCACUUCCAAAGCUCUCAUCCAGAAGGGUGACCAGACCCUGCUGGGUAUGUUCACAGAGGGCCCAGUGCCGAGUGCACCCACUGUCCCGUUGGGCCUUCAGUCUGAGCCUGUGCUCGGCACCCUUUUGGAUGUGCGGGGACUGUGGCCUCUGAGGGGCUUGAUGGCCUGAGGAAUGGGGAGGGCCCAGGCAGGGCACUGGGCUCAGGGAUGGAUACCUCGAGGGAGAACUACAGUCUGUUGGCCUGGCUCUGCACAUAUAGUUUGGACUGGCUAUAUUACAGUGAGUUCAUCAGCAGCCUGGGUGAACAUGGGAAAUAAAGGGCCCAGCCCUUCAGUGUAGUGACAGCCACUCCCGAGGGCGGCAGAUAUCUUUUCCUUUCUAUAGCUGACCUGAGGUCCCAGGCAGAGCCCUCAGAGCAGGAAGCUAAGGUCAGCAUGCUCACUCUGGCCACUGCAGUGCACGGCCACAUGUCCCUUGGGUGAGCUCCCCAUGGGAUCAUCCAGUCUGGUGCUCACCCCUUGGUCUAGACAACAGGCAGAGCUUGGUGGAGCCUCUGGAGGUUAACUGCUCACGUGGAGGCUGAGGUCACCCUGCUUCCGGGUCACACAUCUCCUCUUACUACCUCGCUGCCCGGAGCACUGGCGUGGCUACCUCGAGGGAGCCUGCCUGCGGCUGGACUGUGAGAUUGUGCCGUGUGUGGCCAGCAGGCAUUAGCUCUUGUGUUUCACAUGACGGGGUUGGUGCAGACUGGGGAUGGAGUGAGACAUUCGCAGCCCAGGACAGAGAUGAGAAAGAAGGGGUGUUGCCCUGACUGUGGUCUCUUCUUGGGGCAGGCAUUGCCACGUGAACCAUGAGUGCCUUACCCAUGGUGCCAUAUUCACCAGCUCUGCCUCCUUCCCGAUACCCUGUUCCCCAGAAGGCAGUGGAUGGGUCGUGCCUGGGACUGCAUCCUGCAGGGGACGGUCCCCCACCCCACGUGCAGAACGCGCCCACAUGUGACCUCUGGGAGUAGCACUUGUGCAUCUUUUCAGAUUUGAUGCUUACAAGGUACCUGCUCCCAGGUUAAAUGUAGGAGCACCUUGCACUGUGCGAAUGCAUCCCCUUCCCAGGGCUCCUGUCUGUGCUGAUGGCUGUGUGUCUCCUCCUUCGAGUCUGUUCUGAGCUGUGAGAUUCCAUUGUGAAAUAUACAAAUAAAAUAAUGGUCAUUUUUCCAA